AUGAGUCAACAGUACCGAACAUCCCAACAACAACAGGGGCGGGUCAAAAAGAAGGAGGAAGACCCUGCCGACUUCAUGCGCCUGCCCGAAAAAGAAAUUGCAUCAUGCAUCAGCGAAAUGGGAAUUCCCUUCCAGCCUUCCGACCUACAGAAGCCAAACCCACAAGUCAUUCAGAUGGUUUUCGAGCAUUUGGGCGAGCUGGUGAUGAAUGCGACCCGAGAUAACCUUGAUCCCGCCAUGCGCGCCGCCGCCGAAGAUGUUUGCGCUGAGUUUCCCGAAAUAAUUCCUGUGGAAACCAGACUUCUGAUGGGCUUUUUCGUCAACCUGCGGACAAUGCUUGAACAGUGCGGGAUCAAUGAUUUCUCUUUCAACGACCUUGUUCGUCCAACCCACGACCGAUUGGUCAAGAUUUUCUCAUACACCAUCAAUUUUGUCCGAUUUCGCGAAACUCAUACUAGCGUCAUCGAUGAAAACCUGAACAAAGCUGAGAACACCAAGGCGCGCAUCGAGACACUAUACACGGAAAACCAAGAUAUGGAACAGAGGUUGGAAGAAAUGAAACGCAAUAGGAAGGCGAUGGAAAUGGCUGUGAGAGAAAAAAUACGGCGCAACGACGAGCUCAAAGCAAGAUUAUUGGAGCUGCGCAAGGGACAGGAACGAGUGUCUGAACAACUUGAACGAGCGAAAGCUGAAAAGGCGCGUGCGCAAGCUGUCUUGGAAGAGAAGACCGAAAAGCUCGUGCGGACACGACAGGAAAGUGAGAAGCUGAGACCCUAUGUGCUCCAGAGCCCGGCGGCUCUACAGGAUACCUUGACGGAACUCUCCGAAAACCUCAUGCGGGAAAAGAGUCAGAUUGAUCAUCUAGAGAGACGAUGCCGAGCCCUUCAAACAUCCGGUGACAGUUUCACGGUGGUGCAAAACGACGUUCAGUCGUGUGUUAAAGUCCUCGAUGAGGUUGCCGUGGAGCUACAGAAAGAGGAAGAGGAAGACGCUCGGGCAGCGAAAAACCGAGAUGCAUUGGCCGAGCGAGGUAACAACGUGCGCGAAGUCGAGCAGAAUGAGAAACUGCUCCAGAGACAGCUGAAGAAGUGGGAAGACCGCAUUGAAGACCUGAGGAGAAAACACAAAGAUCGAGACGAGGCAAAUAAGGCGAGAAUGGAUGAGCUUCGCGAAGUCCAGAGACAGCUGAGAGAGGAGAGGGGCGAGAAGGGGCGAGAGAUGGAGAGGCGCAGAGUGCGCAUCGAACAAACGGAAAAGAAGAUGGCCGACCUCAAGGAUAACAUCGAAAACGAGGUCCACACAGCCCAUGAAGAGUACUUGAAACUCGAGUCGCACAUUAAACUCUACAUCACAGAGAUGGAGCAGAGUAUAUGA